AUGGAGACGCCAACCUCGGAAUUCGAACAUGAGAGCGACAAGAAACAGGGAUUCGUCGUUGAACAGGUCAUCGAGAGUCAGCCCAAGUUCUCGAUUUCGAAACAGGAUGGGUUGAUCCUUCUGGCAAUGGCCAGUCUGAGCUUGAUGGCAGCGCUGGACGGGACGUCUAUCUCGGUUGCUCUGCCGACCAUGUCUCAUGAGCUGGGCGGAACCACAAUAGAAGCAUUUUGGACAGGAACCUCCUUUACACUUUGUUCCGCAGUCUUCCAGCCGGUAUUCUCGUCAUUGUCGGAUUUGUUCGGUCGAAAACCAUUGGUGCUUGUCGCGAUAGCAUGGUUCACCAUCGGAGCAAUCGUGGCUGGAGUCGCCAAUAACUUCACCCACAUGCUCAUCGGUCGGUCUUUGCAGGGCGUUGGAGGAGGGGGAAUCAUCACCCUCACCGGUAUCCUCAUCGCAGAUAUUGUGCCUCUCAGUGAAAGAGCAAAAUACUUUGGAAUGCUCAGCGCGAUUUGGAGCUUGGGAACAGUGGUAGGACCUGUCAUUGGGGGCUGCUUUGCAGAGAAAGUCACAUGGCGGUGGAUCUUCUAUAUCAAUUUCCCUUUCAUAGGAAUCGGGGCGAUCCUGGUCGCUUGGUCGUCUAGCUUACGGAUCCGGAAGGCCUCUUUCACUGCGCAGGUGCGAAAGAUUGAUUUCAUUGGGAUCGCACUGUUUGUUCCAAGUUCCGCUUCAUUCUUGAUACCCUUGACCUGGGGAGGUGUCUUGUACCCCUGGGACUCAUGGCACACCCUGGUGCCAUUGAUUAUCGGGUCAGUCGGACUCGGCGUGUUCGCGAUCUAUGAGUGGAGAUUUGCGCAACAACCAAUGAUCCCACCAGCGAUCUUUCGCAAUCGAACAGCCCUCAUAUCAUUCGCGGGCUAUGCAGUCGUUGGCCUACUCGUCUGGUGCUGUCUGUAUUUCCUUCCCCUCUACUACGAAGCCGUGAAAGGAUUCAAACCUAUCAUGUCCGGAAUUGCCCUUUUCCCCGAGACAUUCACUGUCGCCCCAAGUGGAGUGAUUGUCGGCCUUAUUAUCAGUCGAACGGGUCAGUACUACUGGGCCGUUUGUAUCGGGUGGUUUCUCUCGACUAUUGGAACGGGCCUGUUAUGUCUAUUGGAUGUCAACACCGGCACCAUCACCUGGAUAUUCUUGAAUCUCGUGCCUGGCGUCGGCAUUGGGAUGAUCCUCCCCUCCGUCGCACUAGCAGUGCAAGCAUCCGCAACGGCUGAGAAUCUCGCGAUCGCAGUGGCAACAUCCACUUCCUUCCGAGGCUUUGGACAGUCUAUCGGUGUGGCGAUCGGGGGCGUAAUCUUUCAGAACCGAAUGAAGAGCAAUCUAUUGCAGUAUUCUACACUACGGCCAUUGGCGGAUAAAUACAGUGGCAAUGCGGCUGGCGCGGUGAACAUGAUCAGGGAGAUGCAUGAUGACCUGGUCAAAGGGGAUCUUAAGCAGGCUUAUGCUGAUAGCCUGAAGAUUGUGUGGGCAUUUUGUUGUGGUAUUUCGGGGUUGAUGUUUUUCAUCAGUCUAUUUACAAAGUCUUACGAUUUGAACCGGACUCUUGUUACGAAGCAAGGCCCUGAAAAGGCGGAGGUACAUGAGCAAGAGAGCGAGGCUGUUCAUGGUUGA